AUGUCUUUUUUCAGCUCGAACCGCUUCCUGCUGACUGUCCUCGUCAUAAGUUUGGGAACGGCGUGCAUGACAGUUCCCGUCCUUCUCAGCAGAGUCAAAGACGCGGCGAGGGCGCCACCACCAGACCCUCCACCGCCGGCCAAGCGUCUUCAAAAGGAUUCCGAGAACUCGCUCAAGCUCGAGACGCUGCGCACCCUGGCAGACGGGUACAGCUACGACCUCCGCACGUCGGCUAUUAAGAUCGUCGCGAGUCGCACGGUCCGGUCGCGCACCAGGCAUCUAUUACUGCGCGACCUGGCCAGCGCGGACGAAACCCGUCGCGAGAACGCCCUCCAUGCGCUGCGCAUGCUGCUCACGCACCCGGCGCUCAGCGACACGAUCUGCAGCCACUUCAGGGACCCCAAGACCGUGAGGGCCAUCGUUCUGGGCCUGAUCAACGUGCUGCCUCAGCAUAAAGUCCCUGGCAAAGAGGUGCCCCUCGACUGGCACACUAAGCAGUGGGUCGAGAAGAUGCCGCCCCCGUCGCCCAUCCGUCCCCUGGACCGCCCGGCGCACGAGGCGCAACUGCUGGAGAUCUUCACCGUUGUGGUCCACAGCCUCUCGCGGCGGGACACCAGGUACACGGCCGUCAUGGACGCCGCCUUGGAUGCAGGGCUGGUCACCAAAUGGCUGGCAAAUUAUCCCUUCCCGUGCUCUUCACCGGACAACUCCGAACUCAACUUCCGCCGAUACGACGUGACCAGGUUAUUCGACCGUAAUACCUGGCUGUCCGAUGAUCUUCUCAUGGGUGAUGUGAUCCUGGUGGUCAUGCAGUAUCCUCCCGCGAGGAGACAGAUGCGCGAGGCUGGGUUGACCGCGAGCAGUUAUAGAGAGGACAUCUUUACGAGCGGGCCCGACCGGGGUCUGUGGUGGAAUCAGGGCGCGGGAGAUCGCGAUCGCGACUGGCAAGAUGAGGACGAAGAUGCGAACGAGGACAACGACGUGAGAAUGGUCAAUGGCGAGGACACUGCAGGGCUGGCUCCUCCUGGAAACGGUUCUGUGGGCCAUCACGACAACAUCACCACGCUUUGGGACGAGCCUUCACGCCCGACGACUACGAGGGCUGCCGCGCGACUACGGUCGGCUGAGCGGAGUCAAGAAGAGGAGCACUUGAGAAGGCGGCACAGGGAAGCCAUCGUCGUCGCCGAGCGCGGCACCCCGCUGAGCAGGGAAAAUAUUUUGCAAAGAGCUAACAGCGAGAUUUUGCAGCCCAUGAACGGCGUCAGCGAGGUCGAGAGGGAGUUGAACGGGCUGUUGAACCUGUCUGGGUCCUCGAGGGAUGCUCGGCGGGAUGAGGAUGCUUCGGAGCUACCUCACGCAGUCGACUCGGCCGCUGUUGACGCCACCCCGGCUUCCGAUGGCGAGGGUCAAGUGGACAAAGAAGAGAACGAUGGGGGGGAGGACGAAGGAGAAGAAGAAGAGGAAGAGGAAGACGAGGACGGGGAGGAGACGAAUCGCGCUCAACGGCGGCACCGUGAGAUCGAGCAAUUGAUCGAGCAUGACCCAGAGAUACAGGGCACGAACGAACUGCAGUCCAAGCAGCAGCAGAGCGAGUCGAGCGAGGAGAUCGCGGCGAGUGCUAUUUCUACGAUGGAAGAUGACGAUGGUCCGAAAGAACACCAAGACUCGUCGUGA